AUGUCUGUGAACAUUUUCACAUACAAAAUCAGUUUUUCUUGUGAUCCACGUUUUCUCAGCUUCUGGCGUGGCAAUUUGGCAAAUGUGAUACGGUAUUUUCCAACACAAGCUCUAAACUUUGCUUUUAAGGACAAAUACAAGCAGAUUUUCAUGUCCAGAGUGGAUAAAGAGAAACAGUUCUGGAGAUGGUUUUUGGCAAACCUGGCUUCUGGUGGAGCAGCAGGAGCAACAUCCUUGUGUGUAGUGUACCCGUUAGACUUUGCACGAACCCGGUUAGCUGCUGACAUUGGGAAAGGUGCUGCUGAGCGACAGUUCCAGGGUCUUGGUGACUGUAUUAUUAAAGUUGCAAAGACAGAUGGAGUUGCUGGCCUGUACCAGGGUUUUGGCGUUUCAGUACAGGGAAUCGUUGUGUACCGAGCCUCUUAUUUUGGAUGUUACGACACCAUUAAGGGAUUAUUGCCAAAUCCAAAACAAACCCCAUUCAUUUUUUCCUUUUUCAUUGCCCAAAUUGUGACUACGUUCUCAGGAAUACUGUCGUAUCCGUUUGACACCGUCAGGAGACGCAUGAUGAUGCAGAGUGGGGAGACUGAACGUCAAUACAGAGGAACCAUUGACUGCUUUAUGAAAAUAUACCAACGAGAGGGGCUUAAUGCUUUUUUUCAUGGAGCAUUCUCCAACAUCCUUCGUGGAACAGGAGGAGCCUUGGUCUUAGUUCUUUAUGACAAAAUUAAGGAAGUUUUGAAUCUCGAUACUUCAGAGAGUUCAGGAUCUGAUUAA